CGUAGCGUGUCUCAGGGGCCGCCGCCACGGCACGCUCGGAGUAGUUCCUGACGGUGUCCCGUCUCUCGUCCGCGUUCCCAUUCGCAUCGUAGUGCGCAGCAUCGUCGUGCUGAUAGGUACCUUCAUGCUCGUUUUCAGCAUCGGCACCAGCAUCACCGACGUCACCACCUCAGACACCUUCACCGUCAUCAUCACAAGUGGCCGUUAUGGUUCCAGUUAUAUUGGCUUAGGCCAAAGCCACGGGACCUAGUAUAGUAUAUGAGUCAGACAGCACCUGGAACAGUGACGUUGGUUGAAUCGGAAUCGGGAUCAGAAGCAUCAGACUCGGAAUCAGGGUCGGCGACGCAGACAGCAUCAGGACCGGAAGACGCGGCAGAGAGGACAGAUUUGCACGAUGGCAAGCCAUUGACAAGAAGGAUGUCCACUUAUGCACUGGAUAUCAGCGCGAAGUGGUUCCAAUUCCGAUUGUCAUUUCUCGUCUUUGGGCUCGUUUACGUAGGCUUGGCGGUCGUCUGCCUGUAUAGCGAUGUGAACGAGGUCUAUGUGUCCUUUGCGGCCGGCAUAUUGUUUAUUAUCGACAGGCUUGCUAUUGUACCGUGUGGGGUAUUACCUUCGCCGGAAGUGGAUUCUCUACUUCAUCGAUUUGUGUUUUAUGGGCACGAUAGCUUUAAUCAUCACGCUCGUACUGUGCCACUUCGAGCUAACUUGCUCGCAAUCCUGGUUCCGGGCUCUGUACAUUAUCCUGUCCGGGCCUAUUCCAGGCGCCACCUUCAUGCUCCAGCUGCCUGUGGCCUUACACCACCCCGAGGCGUUUGAAAGCUGGUUCUUACAUGGUACCCCCAUGUGGCUCAGUUACGCCCGUCGUUGGAAGUGGCAUGUGUUUGAUGUUGAUCCUAUGCCGAGUCUUGGCGAGUUAGUUUGGGACGGCAUGAUCGGCUUCUACGUCCCCUGGGUGAUACCAUACCUCGCAUUCCUGCUUGUCCAGCCGUUUCUGCCUUGUCCGAUUGCCGGCUACCAGACCCUUAUGGACCUUUUCGUCGAGGAGGCCAAUCUGACUGACGAGCGCCGCCUGCUCAACAAGAAGAACACAUAUUUGUCAUACUAUUCCAAGAUUCUGGGGUUCGUGCUUGGCCACGCUUUUCUGUCAGCGACUGGUGCGUUGGCGGGCGCACUAUCCUUUCAGAGCUGGUACGCGAACGUCUUGUGGAUUGCCUGUGUGCAGAUACAGGGUGUCAUCUCCGGUGGCAACUUCUAUGCAAGGAGCGCGGCUAUAGUCUCGGACAAGCCCGCCUUCAUAUGGGGUUUCGUGCGCAUGAUCGUUGCAUGGCUGCUCUUGCUUCCCACCUGGUACUACAGCAUUUUGUACGGGCGGGGCUCGUGACGUGUGCUCGCGUGUCCAGUGCUUUGGAGUAUCGUGCCGAACGAAAAGGGGGGAUACGGAAAGGGGGACUUACAACAUCUUCUGCAUGCAGCUGGUUUCGGCCCCGCCGCCGGGCCCAUUCGUCGAUACAUGGGCGC